AUGAAGCAUACGAUUAAAUAUAUUUGCGAUACCAAUGAUUGUAAAACAUCCAUAAAUUAUUCAAAUAAUUUGCCUGCAAUUAAAUUUUGUAUAAAUAAAGAUAUUUCUACUGAUGUUAAUUUUUCAAUAAUAGAUAAAAUUUCUAAAUUUCUUGAUAUCAUACAGAUUAAACUUAAACCACCAAAAAAUAUAUGUAAAUAUGAGCUUAUUUUAUUAGCAAAUGAAUCAAUCAAUGAAAAAAAAUGUAUGAAUUAUAAUUUUAAUAAUUCAUAUAAAAAUGAAAUACAUAGUAGAAAUAUUAUAUGUUUUGUUUCAAAUAAUAAGCAAUAUCAGAAUACUGGAAUACUUGUUCCAUAUGUAUUUACAGCAUGUUAUUCUGUUCAAUUUAAUUUUCAAGAUACAAAAAUGAUAAAAAUGAUAAAAAAUAAUAAAUUCUUAAGAACUAAUUAUGAAAGAACAGACAUUGUAGAACCAAUAUUGCAAUGUACAUAUGAAUAUAUCGAACUUAAUAGUACAAAAAAAUGGAUAAAGUUGGGUAUAUUGUACAAUGAUAUUUGUUCUUUUAAUGAUGAAGAUGUUCCUGAUGGUUACUGGAAUUUUCAUCUUUUGGAUAAUUAUUUAGAAGAUAAUAAUCAUAAUUUAAAUAUAAUUUGGCAAACAAAUCUUGGAAAAGCCAACUAUUGUACUACAAUAUAUUUAUGUGAUGAUAUAAGAUAUAAAAAUAACACUUUAUGUUUUGAUAAAUUUUCUUAUUUCCCAAUUAUUAUUAUAACUUUAUUUACAAUUAUUGGAAUUAUGUACCUCAUCUAUAUUAUGUGUAUUUAUAAAGAUAUUAAAAAAAAGAUAAAAUGGGAAGAUAUUAAUAUAAAUAGAGAUAUUGUAUUGUUCUAUACUAAAGGUUCUGAAUCAUUUAUGGCAUUAAUGACAGAUUUUCGACAGACACUUAGUCAAAUUCGUCAAUGUAUUGUAUAUGAUUGGCAUAAUGGAAUAGAAUGGAAUAAUGUAGCUAAAAUCGGUACUUUUGAUUGGUUUGCAAAAAUGCUUCAUAAUGAAUGCCAUAUUGUUUGGAUAGAUAUUCCAAUAUUACGUUCGUUAAUUACACAAAGCCUUAACAAAAAUAAUAAUUCAGAACAUAAUUUAAUAAAAAUUGGUGAUUUCCGUGACGCAAUACUUCCCACAAUUUUUAAUUUAUCUAAACGUAAUAUUGAACAAUCAGCAAUAAAUCUCCAUUUUAUUGUAAGAUUAAAAGAAUUUGAAAAUUUUGAAAAUGAUAAUGAUCCAUUUGUUGAUUUGUCUUCACAUAUACGAUAUGUUUUACCACAAGAUUUAAACUUACUGUGUUCCAAUUUAUCAAAAAUGGAUAGAUAGUUAUUUAAAUAUAACUAUGUCAUUAACAAAUAAAAG